AAUUUUGUUUAAUUCAAAAUAAAUAAAUUAAUUAUGACAGAGCCUUUUUUUAUUUUCUACCUUACUUCUCUAAGACAAUAUAAUGAUACACUAGAGUUUAGACCAUCAACUAUCCGAUCAUUUAGUUCUUAUAUAUAUAUAUAUUUUCAUCAAAAAUUGUGGGACUUUAAGUAUGCAGAAAUAGUAACAAAUGUAAGAAAAUUACAUAACAUCUAUCUUUUUCCCAAACAAAUACGAGAAGAAUGUGAAAAAUUCUAGGACCCCGA